AUGGAUCCCGAACACCUGCCAGUCAUCAAUAACUACCUGGAUGCCAAUGAACCCCAAUCGGAAGCCCGUCUGAGCCGAAUGCACUUCCAUGACAACCAGAGGAAAGUUGAUUAUGUACUUGCGUACCACUACCGGAAACGGGGAGCGCACCACAGUCACGGCUCCCCGGGACAUUCGUUGGCUGUUAUCUCCAAUGGGGAGACGGGCAAGGAGCGCCAUACGGGAGGCCCUGGCGAUAUCGAACUUGGGCCACUGGAUGCUUUGGAAGAGGAAAGGAGGGAGCAGCGUGAUGAGUUUGAACACAACCUGAUGGCGGCUGGGCUGGAGCUGGAGAAGGACUUGGAGAGCAAAAGCCAGGGAUCUGUCUUUGUUCGGAUCCACGCCCCAUGGCAGGUGCUGGCCAGGGAAGCAGAAUUCUUGAAGAUCAAAGUCCCCACCAAGAAAAUGUACGAGAUCAAAGCAGGAGGCAGCAUCGCGAAGAAGUUCAGUGCUGUCCUGCAGACGCUCAGCUCUCCCCUGCAGCCCAGGGUCCCUGACCAUAGCAACAACAGGAUGAAAAACCUCUCCUACCCCUUCUCCAGGGAGAAAAUGUACCUGUACAACAUCCAGGAGAAGGACACCUUCUUUGAUAACGCUACGCGGAGUCGCAUUGUACAUGAGAUCCUGAAGCGCACAGCCUGUUCUCGAGCCAACAACACGAUGGGUAUUAACUCUCUGAUUGCGAACAAUAUCUACGAGGCUGCCUACCCGCUGCAUGAUGGUGAAUAUGACAGUCCCGGGGAUGACAUGAAUGACAGAAAGCUGCUGUAUCAGGAAUGGGCACGCUAUGGAGUGUUUUAUAAAUUUCAACCCAUUGACCUCAUCAGGAAGUAUUUUGGAGAGAAAAUUGGGCUGUAUUUUGCUUGGCUGGGGUUGUAUACAUCAUUCCUUAUCCCAUCUUCUGUCAUUGGGGUGAUCGUGUUUCUCUAUGGGUGUGCAACAAUUGAGGAAGAUAUUCCCAGCAAAGAGAUGUGUGAUCACCAGAAUGCCUUUACCAUGUGCCCCCUGUGUGACAAGUCCUGUGACUACUGGAACCUCAGCUCAGCCUGUGGGACUGCUCGAGCCAGCCAUCUGUUUGACAACCCCGCCACCGUCUUCUUCUCCAUCUUCAUGGCUCUGUGGGCUACCAUGUUUCUGGAAAACUGGAAGAGACUACAGAUGCGGCUGGGCUACUUCUGGGACCUGACUGGGAUAGAAGAGGAAGAAGAACGUUCUAAGGAACACUCCCGGCCUGAGUAUGAAACCAAAGUCCGAGAGAAACUGUUAAGGGAGAGCGGCAAGUCAGAGAUCCAGAAACUGGAUGGGAAUUCGCCUGAGGAUGACGAGGAUGAUGAAGAUAAACUGACCUGGAAAGACCGCUUCCCAGGAUACUUGAUGAACUUCGCCUCCAUCUUGUUCAUGAUUGCCCUGACGUUCUCCAUCGUCUUUGGGGUCAUUGUGUACCGGAUCACAACUGCGGCUGCUCUGUCCCUCAGCAAGACCACACGCUCCAAUGUCCGGGCGACGGUGACCGCGACAGCCGUCAUCAUCAACCUUGUGGUUAUCCUCAUCUUGGAUGAGAUCUACGGUGCUGUGGCCAAGUGGCUCACCAAAAUCGAGGUUCCGAAAACUGAGCAGACUUUUGAAGAGCGCUUGAUCCUCAAAGCCUUCUUGCUGAAGUUUGUCAAUGCUUAUUCCCCCAUCUUCUAUGUGGCCUUUUUCAAGGGGAGGUUUGUGGGCAGACCUGGAAGCUACGUCUAUGUGUUCGACGGCUAUCGCAUGGAAGAGUGUGCUCCGGGAGGCUGUCUCAUGGAGCUGUGCAUCCAGCUCAGCAUCAUCAUGCUGGGGAAGCAGCUGAUCCAGAACAAUAUCUUUGAGAUUGGCGUCCCGAAGCUAAAGAAGCUCUUUCGGAAGCUGAAGGAUGAGAAUGAACCCGGAGAAAGUGGACUCGACCACUCAAAACGUCCAGAGCAGUGGGACCUGGACUACAGCCUGGAGCCAUACACUGGGCUGACCCCUGAGUACAUGGAAAUGAUCAUCCAGUUUGGUUUUGUCACCCUCUUUGUGGCCUCCUUCCCACUGGCGCCAGUGUUUGCCCUCCUCAACAACGUCAUCGAAGUGCGGCUGGAUGCAAAGAAGUUUGUUACAGAGUUGAGACGCCCAGAUGCCGUGAGGACCAAAGAUAUUGGAAUUUGGUUUGACAUUCUCUCUGGAAUUGGCAAGUUCUCUGUCAUCAUCAAUGCUUUUGUCAUCGCUGUUACCUCCGACUUUAUCCCCCGCCUUGUGUACCAGUACUCCUAUAGUCACAAUGGGACCCUACACGGCUUUGUGAACCACACCCUCUCCUUCUUCAACGUCAGCCAGCUGAAGGAGGGAACGCAGCCAGAAAACUCACAGUUCGACCAGGAGGUUCAGUUUUGCAGGUUCAAGGAUUACCGAGAGCCACCGUGGGCACCGAACCCAUAUGAGUUUUCCAAGCAGUACUGGUCUGUUCUCUCUGCACGUCUGGCCUUUGUGAUCAUCUUCCAGAACCUAGUGAUGUUCCUGAGUGUCCUCGUGGACUGGAUGAUUCCGGAUAUCCCCACGGACAUCAGUGACCAGAUCAAGAAAGAAAAGAGCUUGCUGGUGGACUUCUUCCUGAAGGAGGAGCAUGAGAAGGUCAAGCUGGCCGAUGAGCCCACCCAGAAGAGCCAGGGUGGUGGCGAUCGGAGCAGGAGGAGCCGUGCAGCCAGCUCUACACCCUCCGGCCGAAGUCAGCCAGGCAGCAUAGCAUCCUCGGGGUCCCAGCACACCAACGUGUGA